GACAACAAGGGGAGAAGGAGAGGAAAAUCAGGGGACUGGCCCAGAUACCCGCUCGGGGUGCCAGGUCUGCGUGAUGGGCUUAGACAUAUCGAGAGUCAUAUCCUAAUCCUGCGGGAGAGGAAAGAACGAUUCUCCCCCUCCCUUUGCCACUAAGAGGAGGAGGAGGAGACUACGAUCUGAUUCCUUAGUCACUAAGACUUGCAGGGAGGAAGAGGAGGAGGAAGAUGCCUGCUGUUUUGUAAACAAUAGAUUUGGCUGUUGGAGUUCCCUUUACUGGAGACCCGUUUUGUUUUCUAGGCAUAGUUUUAUCAUUUUGUCUAACCCCGCCCCCCAUGUUUAUGGGAAUCCUUCCUGUACAAAUACUGUGUAAUAUGAAACAACAUUUUCUUAUUCUGUCUUAAAGUAAUGUGUUUCAGAGAAGAAAAUCAGAGUUGCAUUCUAGAAACAUACCAGAUUGCUUUUCUUACACAAAUUUUAGUUGGUUGUAACUUUUAGUCUGCAAGUUAUUUGAGCUAGUAUUGGACCCAUUGUGUGAUGCUGCACUGUUUACAUUUAUUUUAGGGGGGAAAUCCAACUUGCAUAUCAUGCAAAAACUGUAGGAAAGAUUGAGAUUAAUAUAUACAUAUUAGAAAAGAGGACCAACCUUGCUGGGUGUCCUCCAUGUUAAGCUAAAUACGGAUUUUAGUCUAGUAUAAAGCCGACAGUCAACUGAUGAAAAUGAGUGCCCAGCCUCCAACAGCAGACAAGGGAUUAAAUACAGCCCUUUUGUGCCAGGAAAGCUAUGCUUGCAGUGGUACAGAUGAAGCCACCUUUGAGUGCGAUGAGUGUGGAAGCCUGCAAUGCCAACGGUGUGAAGAAGAACUGCACAGGCAGGAAAGACUACGAAAUCAUGAACGGAUCCGUAUUAAAGCUGGGCAUGUCCCAUACUGUGACUCCUGCAAGGGUGCCAGUGGAAAUAUCAUGCAGAGCAACACAACAAAUUCCAGACAGAGAGCAGUGGUACGGUGCCAGGCCUGCAAAACUAAUCUCUGUGUAGAGUGUCAGAAAAGGACUCAUGCAGGUGGAAACAAGCGGAAACACCCCAUUACUGUGUACCAUGGUGACAAACCCCAAGAGGAAGAAGAUGGGAUGGAUGAGGAGGCCAAGAGGAAGAAGAUGACAGAAAAUGUUGUAAGCUUUCUGUUGGUGGAUGAAACAGAGGAGAUCCAGGUGGCAAAUGAAGAAGAAUUUAUCAGGAAACUGGACUGCAAACCUAAUCAGCACCUCAAGGUGGUCUCUAUUUUUGGGAACACGGGAGAUGGCAAAUCCCAUACCCUUAACCACACUUUCUUCUAUGGUCGUGAAGUCUUUAAAACAUCUCCAGCCCAGGAGUCUUGUACAGUAGGUGUCUGGGCAGCCUAUGACCCUGUCCACAAAAUGGUGGCAAUUGACACAGAGGGUCUUCUUGGAGCCACGGUGAACCUGAGUCAGAGGACCCGGCUGCUUCUGAAGGUCUUGGCCAUUUCAGAUGUUAUCAUCUACCGAACACAUGCUGACAGACUCCACAAUGAUCUCUUCAAAUUUCUUGGAGAUGCCUCUGAGGCAUACUUAAAACAUUUCACCAAAGAGCUGAAGGCAACCACAGCCCGUUGCGGUCUGGAUGUUCCCUUAUCCACUCUGGGACCUGGCGUCAUUAUCUUCCAUGAGACUGUAUACACACAAUUAUUGGGUGCUGAUCAUCCUUCUGAGGUGCCUGAGAAACUCAUUCAAGAUCGGUUUCGGAAACUGGGCCUCUUUCCUGAAGCCUUCAGCUCAAUCCAUUACAAAGGAACAAGGACUCACAACCCUCCCACAGACUUCUCUGGACUUCGACAUGCAGUGGAACAACAGCUGGAAAAUAAUACCACCCGUUCGCCCCGUCCUCCUGGAGUUAUCUACAAAGCGCUCAAAGCACUGAGUGAUCGUUUUAGUGGUGAGAUCCCAGAUGAUCAGAUGGCCCACAGCUCCUUCUUUCCGGACGAGUAUUUCACCUGUUCCUCUGUGUGUCUCAGCUGUGGGUGUGGAUGUAAGAACAGCAUGAACCAUGUAAAAGAAGGGGUCCCUCAUAUAGCCAAGGGUCGCUGUCGAUAUACCCAUCAAUAUGAUAACAGAGUGUAUACCUGCAAGGCUUGUUAUGAACGUGGGAACGAGGUUAGAGUGGUGCCAAAAACAUCUGCAUCCACUGAUUCCCCUUGGAUGGGUCUUGCCAAGUAUGCCUGGUCAGGUUAUGUGAUAGAGUGCCCCAACUGUGGAGUUGUGUACCGCAGCAGACAAUACUGGUUUGGUAACCAAGAUCCUGUGGACACCGUGGUGAGGACAGAAAUUGUACAUGUCUGGCCAGGAACAGAUGGAUUUCUGAAAGACAACAACAAUGCUGCCCAGCGCCUCAUUGACGGGAUGAACUUCAUGGCGCAGUCAGUAUCUGAGCUGAGCCUGGGACCCACAAAAGCUGUGACCUCUUGGCUGACAGACCAAAUUGCUCCAGCCUACUGGAAACCCAAUUCCCAGAUUCUGAAUUGCAGAAAGUGUGGCAUAUCAUUUAAAGAUAAUGACACUAAGCACCAUUGUAGGUCAUGUGGUGAAGGUUUCUGCGAUGGGUGUUCAUCGAAGACUCGCCCUGUCCCUGAGCGGGGCUGGGGACCCACGCCUGUACGUGUAUGUGACAGCUGCCAUGACAGCAGGGGCAUCCAGUUAGAUGUACCCGAGGCUCCAACAGAUGAGGAAGGGGGGACAGUGAUAGCCAGGAAAGUCGGUGAGGCUGUGCAGAACACUCUUGGGGCUGUUGUGACUGCCAUCGACAUCCCAUUAGGUCUCGUGAAGGAUGCUGCCAGACCUGCUUAUUGGGUGCCUGACCAUGAGAUCUUACACUGCCACAACUGUCGGAAGGAAUUCAACAUCAAGCUCUCCAAACACCACUGUCGUGCCUGUGGCCAGGGUUUCUGUGAUGAGUGUUCCCAUGAGCGUAGAGCAGUCCCUUCCCGUGGCUGGGACCAUCCUGUCAGAGUCUGCUUUAAUUGCAAUAAAAAGCCCGGUGACCUUUAACCCCAACUUCCUCUCUGGGUCCUCCAUAACACCUCAGCUUCUCAGGGUUAGCAAAACAACAACAAAAGUACCCCUUUUUAACCUUUCAUGUUCAUGUGCUGUUGUCAAUAAGAUUGUAGAAUAACUCAUUUCAAUAGGUCCUACAGGGCUUGUUUUCAAACAGAUAUCGAAAGUUGAAGGUGGGUAAGUGUGGAGAAGCUUGGAGUAAAAUGAGGAAUCCCAAAUCCUAGUGUAUUAUAAACCAGUCAAAAGUAUGUAUCUCUAUAUCUAUAUAAAUUUAGUAUGCAGAGAAUGCAGCUGGCUGAUGAAACAUUGAUCAUUUACAGUUUAAAAAGGCAAAUGGAACUGUUUUAUGAAGUGUAAUGGGUCAGACACAUAGCCUCUUGAGUGCCUUUGAAUUUGUGUGAAGCAUUGCUUACAGUUCAUAUUGGGAAAAAUGAAGUAGUUCCUGCUUUUGAAUAGGGAGGGAGUCCGAAGCAUUGCCCUUGCAACUCCAUAAUCCAUACUUAUUUUAUUCCAGCCUGCCCUUGGGUGGUUCCACCUAGUUGUUUAGUCUGGAAUUGCUGUUAUUUGUUCAUUCAGGUUUAAUGGACAGUCCAGACAAAAUCAUAGGCAACCUGUUGCAUUCCUGUGUUUUCAGUAUUUUUCUGGGUUUUUUUCCAAACCUGUAUAGCGGCAAUUUUAAAAACUUAAAAUGUAUGCAGUUGAAAUGCAGGAUGGUUCCAUGUGAACAUCAAAGUGCUCCUGAGGUUUCCCAGGGCUACUAUCCCUUCUCUGUCCAGCUUAAUUAAUUACUUCCAAUUUCUCUCUCUGCAUUCAUGAAUCAAAUAUGAAUUAUCAGUUCCUCUUUGAGAGGGAGGAUGAGACAAGUACAACUUUUCACUUUGUAGUCAAAGUCAUUACUCAUAUUCUCUCUAUUUUUAUUAUUUUAGUACUGCAAUUUAUGCUGAGGAUAAAACGAAUAAUAUAUGCAAUGAUGGCAGGCUGCAAACUGAAAAAUAGUAUUUAAGCCUCUCUCUUUCCUAAGGAGACACUGAAAAAACUGGCAGGAGAAAAGAGGAAAAUAUUAAUUAGUUUGAAAAGAAAGGAACAGAAUGGAAAUUGUAGAGAGAAGUGGAACCUUUGUUGAAGGGAUGGUUGUUGUGGGUUUUCCGGGCUGUUUGUUGAAGGGAGCUUAUUUCUAAAAAUCUAUAUAGUAGGAAUUUGCCCAUAGAGUUGUGUGUGUGUGUUUUACUGAAGAAUCCAGCACUAUAUUAAGUGCCAUAUGGAACCACCAUUUCAAAUCUGUGUGCAGCUGAAUGCAGCAAAUGCAUUUAGUGCUACAAAAAGAUCCUAGUGUGGAACAAUAAUUUCUCAUUUGUAGGGCCUUACCUUUCCAGGCAGUCAGGGUAAUAAAGAGGACAGCACUUUUUCUCUCGUUAUUCAGAAUAGGUCCUGUUUAAAGUCUGUGUGGCUACAGAACAGAUGCUGUAGUUUUUCGAGUCUUGGAAGGGCAUUGCAUUAAACAUAGUGGGAAAUUAAGCAAAAUCAACUGAUGUGUCACAAAAUCUAAAGAUGGUAUACUAGCUUAGUUCAGUUGUAUUUUCGGGUGAUAAGGCCUUAUACUUCAUGACCACAUUCCUAUAUGUUUGAUAGACUCUCAUCUCUUCAUUAACUCUUCAGUCUUAACAGCAAAGGUAGGUAUCAGGUGAGCUUUCAUACUUUGCAGUUUAGUAAUUACUUAGCAUUUUAGACACUAGUUGUCUUUAAACAAUCCUAAAUAUAUAUAUACUUAGAGGUAUCCCCCUAUAAACACUCAAACCAACCUGGAAAACAGCAGGGGUGAUACUGGGACAGCAUUCUUUUCUACAAGCCCUGCAUCAGACCACUUUGAGGGAAUGAUCAAACUACUGAGUAAAACUGUAACACUGGACUUUUCUGUGGAUCUUGGCUUUCAUGAUAAUAAACACAAUACUAUCAGACUGAAGAAUGAAGCCCCUCCUCCUUUUAUCUCCUAUGAGUCUGGCACAUUCCCCUGGUGGAGAUCUGUCUUCACUCAUCAUUACUGGAGUUUGGCAUGAUAUCCUGGCACUCUUUCUCCCACAUAUAGAAUAUAUACUUGUAUCCUUUGAUUACUGAAACCCAAUUUUAGGACUAUAUUAUUAAAUUAAGUGAUAUAAGGACUAUCCUUUCUAAACAAGUGUGCUGACUUCAGUGUAACUAAUCUUUUUUUCUGCCUGUGGAAGGAAGCAACAGUUUUCAGCUUGCAUGCCAAAACAGAACUGGAUUAUGUAGUAGUAAAUUCCUGGUAUCUACAGGGAGGAAAACCUAUUUUGUAACUAGAAGCUGACAAUUUUUUCAAGGAAUAGAAAUGGGAUUAAAAGUCUUGUAGAGUUUUUCAACCUAGGUACUACACUCUGAAGUGUUUAUUUUUGAUUCUGUGGUGGAAAUACAAUUGGAAUUUGUUUGUAGUCCAUGCUGUGUGUUAUCCAUGCAUGUAGCUAUUUUACCAUGUUGUUGCACAUAAAGAAACCAUCCCUGACAUUCCUUGUAUAAAAUCUUAACUUGUAA